AUGGGCCAGUAUCUUUGCCCCGACCGCUGCUGCGUCGUCUUGAGCUUGGACCUCUUCGUGGGCCGGUACUUGGGUCUCUGGUACUCACCUGAGCAUGUGUCCGUCCUGAACUUCCUGUCGCCUACCCUGAAUGUCGACAGGGACUUGAAGCUGCCCGACGACGUGCUGCUUAACAUCCUGGAGAGGGUGGGCACCCUCGACGCCGUCAGAACAUGCGUCGCCUCCAAGCAAACGAUCAAGCUCCUCACCAUGCUCUCGCAGAUCGUCAUCGUCCUCAGCGCCCCCGAACUGGUUCGAAAGAAUGGAGUCGUGGCCGACGUGACCGAGAGGAUCCUUACCGCGGGGUCUCCGCAGAUCCCCAUCCGAAACCUGAAGCUCAAGUUCAUCAUGAGAGGUGACGACCACCUCAAGAUCGGAAGAUCUGUCGCCCUUGCCAUGGCGAGACAUAAGGUUGAAGCGGCAGAGUUCCAGAUCCUGACCAACAAGUAUUCUAAUGAUUGCCGUCGGGACGAUCUGCUCAAUUUUGCUAAGCAGUUCAAUACUUUUUUUGGUGAGUGUCCUGAUGCAUUUGGUGGUCUCACACGGUUGCAUCUGCAAAAUAUGAGGUUUGGUGAAUCAGACAUACCAAACAUCCUGAGCACUUGCAAGCAGCUAGAGUCGUUGUGUUUCAUCUUCUGUGAUUCAGGAGCCUAUUCGAUGCUGCAAGUAAAACACGAUCGACUGGUUGAGCUUGACAUCACCAGUGGGCAUUUCCGUACAGUAGAGCUCAACUAUCUGCCAAAGCUUCAACGGAUGAGCUAUAGUAAAUGGCAUUAUACUCUGAAUCCGUUGGUUCUUGGUUUUGUUCCUCGGCUUUCGAAUCUAAGUCUAGCUAACGAAUAUGUUAAUACGGACAGUACCAUCAAGAUAAGCCAAGUGCUUGUAAAUGUCCCCUUGAUAAGUGUCUUGCAUCUGGAUUUUCAAAGUGAAGAGGUUUGGCUUCACCAAGAACCUGGGAAGUUACUUGCGCCUCUGCUUGACAAACUACGGUUUGUGCAUCUAGACAAUAUUCCCAAAAAUUGUGGUAUCGCUUGGACAUUAUCCUUUCUUGAAGCUGCACCAUCCCUAGAGGAGCUUUGUAUCACAGUAUCGGAUCAUAAGUGUCACGGGGGUCCACGACAUAAUUACUCCAAAGAAAUGGAUAUGAAGUGGGACCCAUCAGAUUUAAAGCACAAGAAUCUGGCCAAGCUAACCAUCCACGGCUUUGAGUCUGAUGACAACUUUACGAGAUACGUCAGGUGCGUCAUGAAAAUAGCGGUGAACAUCCGGGAGGUAUCUCUACAUGACAGGAAGGUGUGCAAGACAUGCACCAACGCAUAUAGGCAAGCCAAAGUUUGUCCUUCGAUAUAUCCACAAACCAACAAGGAGAAGGGUCCUUCGAGAUAUCCACAAACUAGCAAGGAGAAGGACUUGUUAAGUAAGAAGAUUAUGGAGACGGUGGUAGCUUCUCCGGCAACGAUUCGAUUCAGGCCCUCCUGCUAUUAUCCACCUUCAGUCAUAGAGUAUAUGUAA